AUUGGCUGACGCGGUGUCGGUGCGGCGUAAACAAAGCAGCGAGGAGCCGUUUGAACUUCACAGAUAGAGCGACGCAGAGCGCGCGGAGGAGGGGCUCGCGUGAAGUUCCUGACAGCACGCGCACUCCGGUUUAAAGAGCAGCAUCUUAGUCGCUGCAAAGACCACCCUAAUGAACUUACACCGCGUGUGAACAACUCCUAAAAGAAAGGCAGGCGUCUUGUAGGUGCACACACACACACACACACGGGAUUUGUUUCGGACGUUUGGACGGUGUUUUUGAGAGUCUCUGGUGUUCCUCGCGCGCAGGCGGAGAGGCGCGUGCUCAUCAUCGGCUCAGCAGAGCUGUCAUGCUGCCUAAAGUCGAUUCAGAAUCUCUGGGACUCGCUCGAUCGCAUGGGGAACAGGGGCAUAUGCCUAGAAAUAUGCAAGCCCCCCAGUUUAAAAUGAUGGACUACUCCUACGACGAAGACUUGGACGAAAUGUGUCCAGUGUGCGGAGACAAGGUGUCCGGAUAUCACUACGGGUUACUGACCUGUGAGAGCUGUAAGGGCUUCUUCAAGCGCACGGUGCAGAACAACAAGCGCUACACAUGUAUAGAGAACCAGAGCUGUCAAAUAGACAAGACCCAGCGGAAACGCUGCCCCUACUGUCGCUUCCAGAAGUGCCUCACUGUCGGCAUGAAACUGGAGGCUGUGAGGGCCGAUCGAAUGAGAGGAGGUCGCAACAAGUUCGGCCCCAUGUACAAACGAGACCGGGCACUCAAGCAACAGAAAAAAGCCUUGAUCCGGGCCAACGGACUCAAGCUGGAGGCAAUGACGCAAGUCAUGCAAACCGUCCCAGCGGACCUCACCAUUACCUCUGCCAUUCAGAACAUCCAUUCAGCCUCCAAGGGGCUUCCACUGAGCCACCACCAUCAUCACCACCACCAUCACCACCCCCACAGCUCCUCCAGCGCAGGCCUGCCACCUGCAGACUUUGACCGCAGUCCCUUCGUCACCUCUCCGGUCAGCAUGGCUAUGCCGCCGCACGCCGGAGGACUGCAGGGCUACCAGGCGUAUGGCCACUUCCAGAGCCGCACCAUCAAGUCAGAGUAUCCCGACCCCUACACAAGCUCGCCGGAGUCCCUCAUGGGCUACCCGUAUGUAGAAGCCUACGCGGGCGGGUCGCCGCCCACCUUCCCUCACCUGGUGGUGGAGCUGCUCAAGUGCGAGCCGGACGAGCCACAGGUGCAAGCGAAGAUCCUAGCGUACCUCCAGCAGGAGCAGGCCAGCCGAGGCAAGCACGAGAAACUCAACACUUUUGGCCUCAUGUGCAAGAUGGCUGACCAGACACUGUUCUCCAUUGUAGAAUGGGCCAGGAGCAGCAUCUUCUUCCGGGAACUGAAGGUUGAUGACCAAAUGAAGCUUCUCCAGAACUGUUGGAGUGAACUCCUCAUCCUGGACCAUGUUUUCCGGCAGGUGAUGCACGCCAAAGAGGGCUCCAUCCUCCUGGUCACGGGGCAACAGGUGGAUUACGGCCUAAUUGCCUCCCAAGCCGGUGCCACACUCAACAACCUCCUGAGUCACGCGCAGGAGCUGGUGAGCAAACUACGAUCCCUCCAGCUGGACCAGAGGGAGUUUGUCUGCCUCAAGUUCCUGGUGCUGUUCAGCUUGGGUCAAGGCAGCUCUUGUAGCCAAUUCACAAAAGCUGCAGGUCUCCACCAUAAAAGACCAGCAUCAAAAAACAGGACUGGCCGUCUGUUUGGCCUCAUAAGAACAUGGAAUAUUAAUGCCGACCAUCCGCUUCUGCAUCAUCACAUCAGUCACGAUUGUUCCGUCCUGUGGUUCCGGAAAAGAGAAUAUGAUGUGUGUAGGGCGUAGGUGCUUUGAUCCCAUCCAUUCCGUUUGCUGCGUCCCUGAACUACCUGAAACUACGAAGCAGGACAUAAGCCUUUAUGUCCAGCUCCCCCAUCACACCUUGAGAAGGUUCCUCACAUCUUCCCAAGACCAAAGACCAGUGUUGAAAACUCCAGACCUCUCAUCCUUGCUGUGUUUAUGUUGAUCGGCUUUGCGUAGCAGAGGUUUUUUGGUUGAAGUUUGGGGGGAAUCUGGUGUAAAUAAUUUGGCAGAAACAUCAUCCAUAAUAAAACUCUCACCUGAGGGGAGUGUAGCGCCCCAGGCACUGCCCCGGUCUAGCAGCUCGCCCCACCCAUGCUGUGUGCCAGGCCCAGAGAGACCAAGAGACUAAGAGAACUAAGCCUGGAGAUCAAAGAUGGCUCCGAUUAAUAGUAUCCCGUGGGUGAAGGGCGGCCGGGGCUCUGUAUAUAUACAAGUGCACGGAUGAGAAAAAGACUUUGCCAGUUGCUAUUGAGAAGCCAGUCAGAGGUUAAUUAAAUGAAGCAUGAAAAUCCCAUGGUGCUUUAUGAAAACUAUUGGAAUUAUGGGAACUUAUCUUCUUGUCUGUCUCGACCUGCUGCUCAUUCUUCAACCCUUUUUGAAUGGAGAACUUGUUUCCACAAAGAAAAAUGCUACAACUUUAGCUACAGCGUUCCUUAUUAAACGUUAGCAAGUACGUUCAUAAUUAAGGUGCGUUCUUGCAUUACAGCAAAUGUUUGCGCCAUUAAACCAAAUGUUUUAUGAUUAAAAAGUCAAAACAAAAACUAAGCAAAAAUUUGCACACCA